AUGCGCUUCUCCAGCGCUUCUCGGCCCUCAUGGGCCAGGAUAUUGACGGUUGCUCUCGCCGGAGCGUCUACGGUAGGCGCUAUACAACUGAACGUCGAAAACGAUGAAUCAAUCAAAAAAGCAGCCAGAUUAGUAGCAAAGAACAUGAUGUCCUACUACACUGGAAACCGACCAGGCGACAAUCCCGGAAAUCUCCCAGAUCCAUACUACUGGUGGGAAGCAGGAGCAAUGUUCAGCUCAUUAAUCGACUAUUGGUUCUACACGGGCGACGACACAUGGAACGACAUCACGAUGCAAGGUCUACUAUGGCAAGCCGGCGAGACCGGUGCAUUCAUGCCAAACAACCAAAGCAAAACAGAAGGAAACGACGACCAGGCUUUCUGGGGAUUCGCAGCAAUGUCAGCUGCAGAGAGAAACUUUCCAAACCCCCCUUCCGAUAAAAUGGGAUGGUUAGCAAUGGCGCAGGCGGUGUUUAAUACGCAAGCACCGCGUUGGGAUACGUCCACUUGUAAUGGAGGAUUGCGAUGGCAGAUUUUCACCUGGAAUAAUGGAUAUACCUAUAAAAACACCAUUUCCACGGGAGGUUUCUUCAACUUGGCUGCGCGAUUAGCGAAAUAUACGGGGAACACGACGUAUUCGGAUUGGGCUGAGAAAGCCUGGGAUUGGACUGAAAGCGUCGGAUUCAUGACACCGGAUUAUCACUUUUGGGAUGGAGCGAGCGAUUUGGGGAACUGCACCGAGAUCAACCAGAUCGAAUGGACAUACAAUAACGGCGUUUACCUCCUUGGAGCAGCCAAUAUGUGGAAUGUGACAGAAGAUCCAAAAUGGAAAACGCGCACCGAAAAAAUCAUUCAAUCGUCAUCAGUUUUCUUCUCCGAAACCCCAAAGAAUGUAAUGGUCGAACGAGCCUGCGAGUCCGUGAACACAUGCAUGGUUGAUCAACGAUCCUUCAAAGGAUACCUAGCACGCUGGAUGGCAGCCACGACGCAACUGGCCCCAUUCACCUUCGACGAAAUCAUGCCUAAGCUCAAAGCCUCUGCGUCAGCGGCUGCCAAAUCCUGUAGCGGGGGACCAGAAGGUACAACCUGUGGUCUUAAAUGGACAGAACAGAAAUGGGAUACAACGAAGGACUUUGGUCAACAGAUGGCUUCUCUUGAGGUGAUUCAGUCGACUCUUAUUACUAAAGUUGCUGCACCUGUUACUAGCGAUAAUGGCGGUACUAGUCAGGGUGAUCCUAGUGCGGGUGGAAAGCCCGAGACACCACCGCCUAGUUCGUUGACGUCCCCUAUUACAACUGCCGAUCGGGCAGGUGCCGGUAUCUUGACAGCUAUGAUGAUGGUCACGCUUGGGGGAUCUGCCGGGUGGCUCGUUUGGGAGUAA